AUGAAUCACGGUGUCAAUAUCCAGAUUAAUUCACCAGCUACGUUUGGUGCAUCACGUCUAAACAAAAAUAGAGAAGAAAUACUCGAUCAAAAUCAACAGGUGAUGAUUGUGAAGGAUUCUAAUAAUACACCAAAUAACACUAUAAUAAAUAAUCGUCGACUGGUCGAAGCUGUCACUGAAGAACCAACGUUGACAAUUUCGAACAUCACCAAUGAUAUUGAGGCAAACCUUGGUUCUAUUGUUGGGUACACUGAAGAGUCAUUACUACCACUUGUCAAAGCAUGUACUCCGCUAACCAGUAUUAUUCCCAAUUUGUCGUACUACGUUGAACUAGCAUUGAAUGAAACUCCCGAGCAACCACCCGAUGGAUUGACAAUUGAUGAAAGCGCUGCAAUUCGUCUCUACACAAUUGAAUGGACAGAAAAUCAACGAAGUCUUUAUUCAAUGCUUAAUUAUACCCUCAAAAAGGACACUCGUGAGAAUCUUCGUCCUUAUUUCAAAUAUCUAAAACUAUUUUUAACUGCACUGGCCAAAUUACCAUGUGCUCCAUCAUCAACCAUUUGGCGAGGAGUGCCAAUGGAUUUAAGUGCACAAUUUCCACUUGGCACAUCAGUAAUUUGGUGGGCAUUUUCAUCUUGUACAACUUCAUUGGCCGUGCUUGAAAACAACAUGUACUUGGGCGAUGCGGAUGAAAUUCUUCUUCUACCAGGUACCAAAAUGAUAGUUCAAUCACAAUUAAGUCCAGCGCCCGAUCUUCAUAUCAUUCAUUUGAAACAGAUCAGACCAAAAGAAAUGCUUCUUGAACCUCCAUUCAAAGGAUGGCUUAACACUGGUAGUAUGAAUAGCCCACGAACUAUUCACACACAAUCUGUAUUACUAAAUGGAAAAGUGUUAGUUACUGGUGGAAAUGAUAGCAAUUCUAUUGUAAAUAGUGCUGAGUUGUAUGAUCCAUCAACAAGAACUUGGACAACGACUGGUAGUAUGAAUAAUACACGACAAUCACAUACAGCAUCCUUAUUAACAAAUGGAAAAAUAUUAGUUACUGGUGGAUAUAAUGGCGAUGGGCUAAAUAGUGCUGAGCUGUAUGAUCCAUCAACAGGAACUUGGACAAUGACUAGUAGUAUGAUUAAUGCACGAAUGGACCAUACGGCAUCAGUAUUAAAAAAUGGAGCAGUGUUAAUCACUGGUGGCUAUUAUUAUGGUCCUCAAAGUAGUUGUGAGUUGUAUGAUCCAUUAACAGGAACUUGGACAACGAUUAGUAGUAUGAAUCAUGCACGAUUUUGGCACACAGCAUCCGUAUUGCAAAAUGGAGCAGUGUUAGUUACUGGUGGAUUGGAUAAUGGUAAUCCCGUAAAUAGUGCUGAGUUGUAUGAUCCAUCAACAGGAACUUGGACAAUAGUUGGUAGUAUGAAUAAUAUUCGAUAUUCACACACAGCAUCUGUAUUAUUAAAUGGACAAGUGUUAGUUAAUGGCGGACACAAUGGUAACUUUUCUGUAAAUAGUGCUGAGUUGUAUGAUCCAUCAACAAAAACUUGGAAAACGACUGAUAGUAUGAUUAAUGCACGAGCUUUUCACAAAGCAUCCGUAUUAACAAAUGGAAUAGUGAUAGUUACUGGUGGAUUCGCAAGCAGUUGUUAUUUGAAUAGUGCUGAACUUUAUAAACCCUCGACAGGAACUUGGACAACUGCUGGUAGUAUGAAUAAUGCACGAUAUCGCCAUGAAUCAUCAGUAUUAAAUGGAAACGUGUUAGUUACAGGUGGGUUAAGGAGAGAUUUAACUGGUGAUGCAUCAAUAAAUGUUGUUUUGAAUAAUGUUGAAUUAUAUAUAUUAUCUUAA